UCACUGUUAGGAGAGUACACUAAACGCACACUAUGCGUGACCUGGACAAAUAAACUAAAAAAAAACAUACAGAGAGAGAGAUCCCCCAAAAAGGAACCGAUUCCUCUGGAAAAGUGAAAGUUUUUGGACCUGAAGUGUGACUGUUUAAAAACUUUUGACGAAAGGGUGACCCUAAAGUGUUGAGGACGCCCCCAAAAAAGGAUUUUACUGUUCUUUGGAGAUUUACUCAAGUCUCAUCCUCCUCUCGUGCCCAGAGCCGUGAGGGAGGCAGAGCCGUGGCGUCUGCGGGAAUGAAGUACAGCUACCAGUACCCGGUGUCCCAGUACACACGCUCAAACACACACACGCACCACACAAACACACAUUACACUCCUUCACAGUACAACAGCAGCUCGUAUUCACCCAGUCUGUACGGUUCAACCAAGUACAGCCCUUCUACACUCCACACUGCAUCAUACUACACCCCACCGGCGUACACCCCGGCAAACAAGUCCACCUAUACCCCCCUCUACAGCAAGUUAUCCCGACAGACCAGCUCGCCCCGCACAACUGUAAAGUCUACUCCCACCGUUACUGUCAAACCUGCCCGGGCCGUGCACUUCACCAAUGAUGUCAUAUUUCAGGAUUUAAUCCGGCACGGGGAGCUUGAACAGAUUGGUCGAUUUUUAAGGGCGAGGAAAGUGCGUCUGGACACCAUCUUCCAUUCCGGAAUGGCACCCCUCCAUGAAGCCGUGCUCUCGGGAGACCUGGAGUGUGUGAAGCUUUUGAUAAAGUAUGGAGCUGAUGUUCAUCAGAGGGAUGAGAAUGACUGGACACCAUUGCACAUGGCGUGCAGUGACGGUUUCCCUGAGAUCGCAAAGUACCUUCUGUCACUGGGUGCCAGCGUGGAAGCAGAAAAUGAAAAUGGGGAGAAACCGGCAGACCUUAUUGAUCCAGACUGCAAAGAAUUGGUCAAACUGUUUGAAACUGGUUGUGUCUGAAGAUGACCAGAACUUGGAACGGAUGAAGAACUUGGAAAACAAAGCUAGCUUUUAAAGGACACUUAUUUGAUAUGUGAUAUUUUUCAUAUAUUUUUAUUCUGUGUGGUUUAAAGGUCUCUGAGAAAAGAUUUUUAUGUUUAAGUUCUUUAUUGACACAUGCAUUUCGGUAUGCAUUAAGUCUACAGACAAACCAUCCACCUGUUUGUUUUUAAUGCCAUUUUUUUAAGAAGUAAAAUAGGACAUUUAAGAAGAAACACUGUAUAGGUUUAUGUGACUGGAUUUGAUCCUUUUAAAGGGUUUUCAAUUGUAUAAUGUAGGUGUCACUUAACAAAAUUAAUCCAGGCUCUCGGUAGGGGUGGAUUAAAAAUAAGAGGUAUUUGUUAUGUCAUCAGAAAAAGCAAAGAAAGUUGUUUAGAAAGUUGGCAGAGAAAAGUUACAAAGGCAUUUUAUGUAUGGUAAAAUUGAAAUAUGGCAUGUUUGGCUGCGAAGAAAUGUGCAUUUCUUGAUUGCAGUAACACCAUACAUUUGCACAAAUACCAUCCAUGUUUACAGACAGAUCUUCUCUGUGUGCUCCGCUUGGUUUACUGCAUUGGCAGCAUACCUACAAGCCACUUUUGUCAUCUCACCAUUGUUCAUUUUUACUUUGAUUUUAUUGCUGUUUGGUAUUUACCAGCGGUUCCCUUGACAUGCUCACAAAUGAUCAUAUUUUCACAAUUCAGUGUACAAUAUUAAAGUGAUUUUUGAUGACAUGUUACAUGGACACAGUUUGGCACAGCUCUGUGCUUUCUGUCUGCUGGGCAGCAGUAGAGCACAUUUGAAUGAUAUCCUGCCUAUAGACUAGCAUAUGAUGAAAGUUUGCAUUAAUGUUGAAAGGGAGGCGACUUCUGACAUUUGAAUGUCUCUUUUUAAAGUCUUAUUUUUUACAAUGCUUUCAUGAAUAAAGCUUCUUUUUUACAAAUAA